AUGUUGGCGUUCCACCCGCCAGGCCAUGCCAGGGGGGGGCGGCGACGACGUGAAGGAAAGGAAAGGAAACGUCCACGGAAGGGCCACGGGACGGGAAACUCAGUCAACCAGUUUCCAGUCCCAGUUCCAGGGCUGACGCCACGUUCUGGGGAGCCGCACGCACAAGCCUGCCAUGCCAGCCCGUGCGGCUCCCGACGGUCCCAGUGGCUGGCGCUGUGUAGUAUGUAUGUCAGGUUGUUAGUUUUCUCACCUGCCUCACGUCUUGACUCCUGCUCUUCUCGAUCUAGCCAGCAGUCCACAAGACAUUACUAG